CAUCCAGCAGUUGGAAAACGAGCUCCGAGGAACCAAGUGGGAGAUGGCCCGUCACUUGCGAGAGUACCAGGACCUGCUCAACGUCAAGAUGGCUCUGGACAUCGAGAUCGCCGCAUACAGAAAACUGCUGGAAGGGGAAGAGACCAGAUUUAGCACAUUCUCGGGGAGCAUCGCUGGACCACUGUAUACCCACCGCCAGCCAUCGGUCACCAUAUCCAGUAAGAUUCAGAAAACCAAGGUGGAGGCCCCCAAGCUAAAGGUGCAACACAAGUUUGUCGAGGAGAUCAUAGAGGAAACCAAAGUGGAAGAUGAGAAAUCUGAAAUGGAAGAUGCCCUGACUGCCAUUGCCGAAGAACUGGCCAUUUCCACCAAAGAAGAGCAGAAGGAAGAAGAGACCGAAGAACAGGAAGAGGAACAAGAAGCCAAAGAAGAAGAGGAGGAAGAGGAAGUGGUAGCUGUCAAAAAGUCUCCCGUGAAAGCUACAGCGCCUGAGAUGAAAGAGGAAGAAGAAGAAGAAGAAAAGGAGGAGGAAGAAGGCCAGGAGGAGGAAGAAGAGGAAGAGGAUGAAGGUGCUAAGUCAGACCAAGCAGAAGAGGGAGGAUCUGAGAAGGAAGGCUCCAGCGAGAAAGAUGAAGGCGAGCAGGAAGAAGAGGGAGAAACUGAGGCAGAAGGUGAAGGAGAGGAAGCAGAAGCUAAGGAAGAGAAGAAAACUGAGGAGAAGAAAGAAGUCGUGGCUGCCAAGGAGGAGCUGGUGGCUGAGGCCAAGGUGGAAAAGGCGGAGAAAGCCAAGAGCCCUGUGCCAAAAUCCCCCGUGGAAGAAGUGAAGCCGAAAGCCGAAGCCAAACCCGCCAAAGGUGAGCAGAAAGAAGAAGAGAAAGCUGAGGAAGAAAAGAAAGAAGUGGCCCAGGAAUCCCCCAAGGAAGAAAAAGUCGAGAUGAAGGAGAAGCCAAAAGACGUGCCGGACAAGAAGAAAGCCGAGUCCCCAGUGAAGGAGAAGACAGUGCAGGAAGUGAUCACCAUCACCAAAUCAGUCAAGGUGAGCAUGGAGAAAGACGCCAGGGAAGAGGAGAAGCCAGCACAGCAGGACAAGGAGAAGGUGAAGGAGAAAGCAGAAGAGGAGGGAGGGAAGGAGGAGGAAGGAAGUGAUCAGGGUGCAAAGGAAUCCAGGAAGGAAGACAUAGCGGUUAAUGGGGAGGUAGAGGGAAAGGAGGAGGAGGAAGAGCAGGAGACGAAGGAUAAAGGCAGUGGCAGAGAAGAGGAGAAAGGUGUGGUCACGAAUGGGUUAGACUUGAGCCCCGCAGACGAAAAGAAAGGGGGUGACAGAAGCGAGGACAAGACAGUGGUGACCAAAACGGUAGAAAAGAUCACCAGUGAGGGGGGCGACGGUGCUACUAAAUACAUCACUAAAUCUGUAACUGUCACUCAGAAGGUGGAGGAGCAUGAGGAGACCUUUGAGGAGAAACUAGUGUCCACCAAGAAGGUAGAGAAAGUCACUUCCCAUGCCAUCGUGAAGGAAGUCACUCAGAGUGACUAGAGUUAGGAGCCCAUUGUAAAAGGUUAAGCCAUAUGACAAUUUCCAAAAAGAAAAAAAUUUAAACUAAAUGCAUGUGAUUGACAGCAUCAAAAAACCGAAUGGAUUCUCCCAGGGGGGGCUCCAGGCCUUGACCUUGUAUUUACUUUGUGCAAUAUGAAGGAACUGCAUGCCAGCUCAGGGCGCUCUCCUCCUCAGUCUCUUGGUGGGGGAGGGGGGCUUCAAAUGCAUGAUCAUGUAUGUACCCGGGGAAGUGGCCAAUUUCCUAAGCCUGUUUGGAAGGGGGGCGCUUAGGGGGCGGGGACUGUCUUGAGACGUGCUAUGUCAAGUACCAACUGAGCCAAAAACUAAUCAAUGAAAACACAGAACUCUCUUAGCCUUAAGGAAGCUAUAUAUGAAUCAUUAUGUUUACCUCACCGGUGCAUUUAAAAGGGACUUUUGUCCAUGGGAGAGAACCUUGAGGACAUGCACAGUUUACAACCUUAUGUUGAUCGAUGUUAAAUGUCACAGCCGUACUUGCUUAAUAAAGGUCAUAUUGGA